AUGAGAAAAGAACUAAAAUUCCUAAUAUACUCGAAUAUACUUCUAUGGGUCUUCAUAGUAUACUAUACAUUCGAUCUUUUGAUGAUAUGUAUAGAUGAUACAACAAAAGAAGCAUUCACAGAUGACGAUUUAAAUAACAUACCAACUAAAAUAUCAAAUAAACCACAAUUAAUUCCAAAAAUAAUACAUCAAACAUAUAAAACAACUGAUAUCCCAAAACAUUGGAAAGCAGGUCAACAAAGAUGUAUAGAUUUACAUCCAGACUACGAAUAUAUAUUAUGGACAGAUGAAAUGGCUCUAGAUUUUAUCAAGGAGAACUAUCAUUGGUUCUUACCCACAUUUAAAAACUAUAAAUAUCCAAUUCAAAGAGCAGACGCUAUAAGAUAUUUCAUAUUAUUACAUUAUGGUGGUGUCUAUAUAGAUUUAGAUGAUGGCUGUGAAAGAAGAUUGGAUCCUCUAUUGACUGCGCCUGUGUUUUUAAGGAAAACUUCUCCAAUUGGUGUAUCAAACGAUGUUAUGGGUUCAGUACCAAGACAUCCAUUCUUCCUUCGGGCUAUUAAAUCAUUAGAACAUUACAAUAAAUCAUGGUAUAUCCCAUAUAUGACAAUAAUGUCUUCCACAGGUCCCCUUUUCAUAAGUAUAGUUUGGAAACAAUAUAAAAGAUGGACAAAACAAAGUAUAGUCGAUAAUGUGAUUAGAAUUAUACAACCAGAUGAUUACAAAAUGACAUCACAUUCAUUCUUUUCCAUUUCAAAGGGUUCAUCAUGGCAUAUGGAUGAUGCAGCAUUUAUGAAAUCUCUAGAAAAUCAUAUUCUUUCAUGUGUAGUAGCGGGAUUUAUCGCUGCAUUUUUUGUAUUAUAUUUCCAAUAUUGUUUCUAUUGUUUCCUUUGUGCUUCCAAAAAUUCUUACAGUGUUUACUUCUUUAAAUUGAUUAAUCUCAUUAAGAAUAUUUCAAGAGCUUUAUGGACUAAAUUCAACUCAUACACUAAAUCAUCAUCGUCAUUAGCAUCAUCAUCAUCAUUCAAUGGGAAUUACAGCAUUUCCAAUGAAAGUUUACAAAUGAAAAGAUUAAGAAAAGAUUCAAACGCCAUAACGUUAGUAGAUCUAGAGAAAAAUCCAAAUACAGGACAAUUAAUUAUCUAUUCUUAA